AUGCCUUGCAGGAGAUACCGGGAGAUGAUGCGCUUCCUACGCUUUGACCGCAGAGAGGAGAGGCAGGCCCGACUCGCAAUAGAUAAGUUUGCCCUCAUCACUGACGUGUGGAAGGAUUCCAACUCUAUCCGCUGCUACAGGCCAGGAGAAAAUGUCACGCCUGUGCCUGCUGGCGAGAAACACCAGCCUCGUUGGCGUCAUGAAUGCUGCACGCAGGGAGCUCCCGCCUUCAGCAACACAGCGCGCAGAGCUGCACAGCACCAAGAGCUGAACGACUCGAAGGGGAGCGGGAAGGGGCUGAUCCAGAACCACAGUGAGUCGUUCACUGCUCGUACGGCUCGUACUAGCAGGCGCGGGCAGGCAGGAAGGAGGACGUUACGGUGA